UCAAUGCAAAGUGAUAAGCUAAAAUUGACACCCACGAGAAUGUCUGCCAUGAUAACUGAGGGACCCCCUGCUCUCAGAAGAUUUUUGGGAGAGGGGGGGAGCAUCAUCAUCUGAUCUCAUGAUUCAGAUGCAUGCUGAAUAGGGGAGGAGGAGGAGAUAAAAGGAAAGACCAAGGGGGAUCCCAUUUGAUGAUGAGUUAGAAUUUUCCUUUUUCUUUUUAUUUUUUGGAGUGGUUGAAGCAUUAGGAAAAAGAAGUGAUAAAAUUAGGUGGGAGGUUAAUGGUUUUGAUUAGAAAUCCCGUGACAGGAAACGAUCAGAGACAGAUUUAGAAAGAUAGUACAAGCCCCAUCAUCUUUUUCUUAUUUUUAACCAUAGCCAAUUGUAUCUCCUUAUCCAUAUCUUUACCCUCUCCAUUUCAAAGCUAGCGGAGACUCUAAACAGCUGAAUCAUCUGUUCAUUUCCAGGUCAUUCAAGACCCUUGUUAGAGCGUUGAAACUUGCCAGGAGAAAGAGAGGCCAGAAUGGAGAGUGGGCAGAUGCCAAAGAAGGAUCUGAAGGUGGAGAUUCCAUCAGAGGCUGAAAUGAUAGCUGGUGGUGUAGAGUCUCAUGCCGCAGCAGCGAUAUCAGGGCAAGUUGCUUCUGGACUUAGCAGACAGCCAAGUGUUACAAAGACCAAUUGCCUUUGCUCUCCAACCACGCAUGCUGGUUCAUUCCGUUGCAGGCUUCAUCGCAUCCCAAGUCUCCAGCGGACCAAAAGCAUUGAUUCUCAAUCCGCAUCCCUUCGGGAUUCUACAUCUAAGGCUAAUUCUGCCACCGCUGAAUGAUCUAGUAUUGCAGACGUAUGGGGGCUCAAUAAUUCUCGUUGUAUAUAUAUAUAUAUAUAGUAUAUUAGUGUAUCGUGUGUUAUUGACUUGUUGCUGCCACCAAGACUUGGUUUUAAAAUCAUUGUUCUGCUCUGCAUUAA